CCGAGCAGUCGGCGUGGGGAGACAGGAUGCAGGCAGGCGGGGGCGCCGCGACGGGACGCCGGGCCUUCGAUAGCAUCUGUCCCAACAGGAUGCUGGAGCUGCGGGGCCGGCCCUUCGGCAAACCUGAGAAGCUAGAGAGGAAGUUCGCCUCUCCGCGGAAGCUCUUUCCUGGCUGCAGCGGCGGCAGCACGGUGUUGGUGUAUGAGGAUCCCCGCGACGCGGAGCCCGCUGCGCUGCCAGCCCUCACCACCAUAGACCUGCAGGACCUCGCCGACUGCUCCUCGCUGCUCGGGUCCGACGCGCCGCCUGGUGGUGACUCGGCCACCUCGCAGAACCAUUCCCUGCAAACCCCAGCGGACUUUGACCUGCAAGAUUUCAGAGACACCGUGGACGAUCUCAUUGCAGACUCAUCCUCUUUGAUGUCGCCUCCCCUGGCCGGCGGAAACUUCCCCUUCUCUCCUUGCGACGUAUUGCCCUUCGGGUCCUGUCUCUCCCCGCCGCUGGACCCACGGGCCCUGCAGUCACCGCCGCUGCGCCCUCCGGACGUGCCUCCGCCAGAGCAGUACUGGAAGGAGGUGGCCGACCAGAACCAGAGGGCGUUGGGGGACGCGCUCGUUGAGAAUAACCAACUGCACGUGACGCUGACCCAGAAACAGGAGGAGAUCGCCUCGCUCAAGGAGCGGAACGUACAACUGAGGGAACUCGCCAGUCGCACCCGGCACCUGGCCUCAGUGCUGGAUAAACUGAUGAUCACGCAAUCCCGGGAUUGCGGGGCGGCAGCAGAGCCCUUCCUGCUCAAGGCGACCGCCAAAAGGAGCCUGGAGGAGUUGUUCAGCGCUGCGGGGCAGGAUUGCACGGAAGUGGACGCCAUCCUGAGGGAGAUUUCCGAGCGCUGCGAUGAAGCGCUGCAGAGCCGCGAUCCCAAGCGGCUUCGGCUGCAGCCGGAGCCCGGGAGCACGGACGGCAGGCCCGGGAACCUGCACGGCGCCUUCCGGGGGCUGCUCACAGACUGCAGCCGGAGCGCGCUGAACCUGAGCCACAGUGAGCUGGAGGAGGGCGCCUCCUUCAGCACCCCCAUCCGCAGCCAUAGCACCAUCCGCACCCUCGCUUUCCCUCAGGGCAAUGCCUUUACCAUCCGGACAGCCAACGGGGGUUACAAAUUCCGCUGGGUCCCCAGUUGA